AUGACCGCCGAGACCACCCCGUCCAAGAUCCCAGUAGCCAUUAGCAAGCGAUCUUCCAUCUCACUGUCCUCCACAAAUCUGGCCCAACAGUCUCUGUCGAAUGACUCGGUAUCGUCCCAAAUCACUCGACUAUCGAGAAGUCAGUCCCCUAACAACAUCAAUGGGUCGACUGCCAGAACAGGUAGAUCAAGUCCUGCACUUUCAAAUCAACAGAGACGAUGGAGUCUGCUGAGCGGUGGUCAAGGUCCAAUUAGGAAGACAAGCUUCGGUGAAACCACAGGUUUGAAUAUGAAUCUAUCGAGUAGUUCCAGCUAUGACUCCUGUGAUCCAGUCCAAAUUAAAGCUCAAAUUGCCAUUCUACAAUUAUCCCUUCAGAAUGCCCAACAGCGUUUAGUAGACGUCCAGAAUGGGAAUACAUCUUCGUUGCCCUUAACUCCCAUCGAUGGGUCUUCGAACUUACCUGAAUUCGAAGUUGAGGUUGAUGCGGAUGAACUGAGGGAUAGAUUGUUGGAUGAGAAUGAUGAGGGCGGUAGGGAUUCACCGCCUGAUCCUGAACCGCCAACAGGUAUCAAUACGAUUAAUGGUAAACCACGAUUAAAUGGUUUACCCCACUCAAAUCCAUCCUUCGAUCUCAGAAGCAGAGCUGUCACCCCUGCUAGACCCACCAGCGCCAAAUUACCGGAUGGACGAAGUCGCAUUCCGCAAGCAGUCGUAGCAGGUUCAGCAGCACUUCAUCCUACUCCUCCGCCAUCCUCACCUGCUCGACCACAUGUUUCACUUCCCUCAACCAUCAACCUGCCUGAUCGAGAAAAGAACCUGAGAUCGCCAUUCUUAGCUCCAGAAUCGCCACAACCUCCUUCACCCUAUGGCGGCGGUCGUCCUUCCUCUUCACUCGGCGUGGGAGAAGGCCGACUCAGUCCCAGUCCAGCCGGCUUUAGGCGGGCUUCAGGUGGACCCAACGAUAAGUCCUCUGCGAGUACGAGGGUGAUAGAUGGUUUACAAACUGAAUUAAUCAAUGCGAGAGGCCAUUUGGAGAGGGUCAAACAGGAGGUCAGGAGUGCUCAAAGAGUCAUAGGAUCGUUGACGAGGCAAACAGAAGACCUCAAAGAGACAAGGGAAAGGAUGCGAGUGGAAUGUGAAGGUCUAAAUAACGUUAUAGCAAGGAAAGAACGUUUAUUACAAGAGGUGCUGGAAAGAGCCCGAACGGCCGAAUCAUCAUUAUCGCAACAUCAGUCCACACGUAAAGCGCUGGAACAAAGCACCAAAAAAUCCUUAUCUCACAUGACAUCCCAGUUGACCGAAGCUCAAGCGGGACAAGCUAAAGCUGAGAGAGAGUGCGUGGCGUUGAGGGAAAGCGUAAAGAGUUUAAGGGAUGUUUGGGCAAGGGAAGUGAAGAGUGUGAGGGAUGAGUGGAAGAAAGGUGAAGAGAAAGGCAAAAAAGAGAGGGAAGAGGCUAGACAGAAACAUCUCACGCUGGUCAAAUUGGUUCAAUCGCAGUCAGCCGAUAGAGCAGCCAUACAGAAUCUCGCUGAGAAAGCUACGAGGGAAUCCGCACUGGCUACAGAAUCGUUUGAAGCUCAGAUUGCUGGAUUGAGACUGGAGAUUGAUCAGAGUAGGGAAGAAAGUAGGACAGCUAAAUCACACGCUGAGGAAUUAGCGAGUGAGUUUGUCAGAUUGAGGCGCUUGAUGAGAGAGCCUAGAAGAGGUAGUCUCGAGGAUGCCGCUGUGAUAUCUAGUAACGAUAUUGCCGAAUUAGCAGAGGACAAUAAGUGA